AUGGAGACCCCCGCCGCCUCCCGCGAGCCAGCCGCCGCCGGAGAAGACCGGCUGAGCGAGCUUCCCGACUGCCUCCUGACGGACGUCCUGUCGCGCCUCACGUCCCGGCAGGCGGCGCGGACGAGCGUGCUGUCGCGGCGGUGGAGGCCCCUCUGGCGCGCCGUGCCCUGCGUCGACAUCGACCGGCGCGAAUUCCGGACCUCCGAGGCCAUCGACAUCUACGCCGACGACCCCGACCCAGAUGUUUUCCGCGCGCGGCACCACGAACAGAUCUUCAGGCGCGUGGAGGACUGGGAGGCGUUCGAGGACCUCGCCGACAGGUUGCUGCCGCCCCACGGCGCGCCGCCGCUGGACACCCUCCGCCUGCGGGUCGCCUGCGAUGACUUCCGCCCCGGCUGCCGGUGGAUCCGCCGCGGGCUCGGGCGCCGCCCCGUGGCCUUCCACCUCAGCUGCGACAACGACAUGUCUCUAUCCUUCGGCGACAAUAAAUACCCUUACUUCCCCGGCAUCACCCUGCCCCGGAAGUCCGGAACCUCGGCGCCUUCGCACCUGCGGCUCGAGGUCUGCCACUACGGUUUCCGCCGGCUCGCCUCCCACUCGCUCAGGAAACUGUUCAUAGAUCGUUGCAGCCGCGAAUGUUUGGCCAGCGGCGUCCUGGCCAUCGCGGCUCCUCGCAUCGCCUCGCUUCACAUCAACGGCCACCCGCCGCCGUUCACCGCGGAAGGCGGCAUGCCAGACCUCGUCGAGGCGUCGCUGGCAGGCCGGGCCGGCGAGCUCGGUGUCCUCAGGUCCCUGCGCCACUCGAGGAGCCUGAACCUGUCGGGGUUCUCAACGGCGGCGCUGCUCAUCGGCGACGAGGACCACGGCGAAGGCUUCCCCGUGUUCCACAACCUGAGGGCCUUGGUCCUCGACGGGUGCGACGUCGGGGUCCGGUGCCAGGUGCUGCGGCGCUUCCUCCGGAACGCGCCCGCUCUGGAGACGCUAGUGCUCACGCUGCGCGACUGCGCGUUCCCUGGUAGUGGUUCCAGGGCGAGGAGCAAGAAAACGAAGGCGAGGCCCGGCGAGGAGGCGCCCUCCGCCGCCGACCCGUGCAGACCGACGGCGUACGAGUGCAGGAACCUGAAGUCGAUAGAGCUCGAGUUCUGCGAAGGCCACGCCGUCGCCGGCGAGCUAGCUCGGGCCCUCGCAGACAUCUCCAAGGAAGUGGUUCGACCCGUCGAAAGUUCUGUUCAGGACGGGAAGCGUAAGGUCAUAAUUUCGUUCACAUGA